AUGUACACGGCGUUCCUGGCCGUGGCCCAGGCCUGCGGCGCGCCCGGCAUGCUGGCGGCCCUGGCCCUGGGCCAGGUGUCCAACCUCAUGGGCUGCCUCACCACCUACGGCAUCGGCAGCGCGCCCCCCUACUUUGGCUCCGGCUACGUCAACCAGGCCGACUGGCUCAAGCUGGGCUUCAUCCUGUCGGUGUACUACCUGGCAGUCUGGACAGGCAGCGCCCUCACCGUCUGGAAGGCCAUCGGCAUCUGGUAA